UCACCCAUUCUGGUGCAGUGGCCCAAGCACUUGAGCCAUUCUCUGCUGCCUUCCUAUAUCACAAGCUGGGAGCUGGAUUGCAAGUGAAACAACCAGAACUAGAACCAGCCCCCAUACGGGAUGCUGACACCACCCACAGGUUAGCCAACAUGCCACUGUGUCAGUCCCAAACAGAAGCAUUUUUAAAGAUUUCUUAUUUGUUUUAGGUGCUUUUGACUUCAUUGCCAGUGGUGACACAGGGGGAGACAGAUCUUUCUGAAGAAUAGUUGGAAACAGCUGGGAUGCAUGAAAGACAUGAAAGUCUCUUUAGGACAAGAUGACAGCUACGGAACUCUACUCCUAUUCAUGGAGGAAAACACUAAGGAUGCUUUGCACAUGAACUCCAAAGUGAGAAUCUAAUACAAGAAAGGGAAGCCAACAUGAAGAAUGUGGCAUCCACGAUUGUUUUGCUCCUGCUACUUUUUCUCAACGUUCGUCUUCUGCAUGGACUGUCACCUCCUGGGAAACCUAUCAUCUUUAAAUGUCGUUCUCCCGAGAAGGAAACAUUCACCUGCUGGUGGAAGCCGGGAACUGAUGGAGGACUUCCUACCAAUUACACAUUGACUUACCAUAAGGAAGGAGAAUUAAUCACCCAUGAGUGUCCAGACUACAAGACUGGUGGUCCCAACUCCUGUUACUUCAGUAAGAAGCAUACCUCGAUAUGGACAAUCUACAUCAUCACAGUCAAUGCCACCAAUCAGAUGGGAAGCAGUAUUUCAGAUCCACGUUACGUGGAUGUGACUUACAUAGUUGAACCAGACCCUCCUGUGAAUCUGACUUUGGAAGUAAAACAUCCAGAAGACAGAAAGCCCUAUCUGUGGGUCAAAUGGCUUCCACCUACCCUGGUGGAUGUAAGAUCUGGUUGGCUUACACUCCAAUACGAAGUUCGCUUAAAACCAGAGAAAGCAGCUGAAUGGGAGACUCACUUUGCUGGACAACAGACACAGUUCAAGAUUCUCAGCUUGUAUCCGGGGCAGAAGUACCUUGUCCAGGUUCGCUGCAAGCCAGACCAUGGAUUCUGGAGUGGGUGGAGCCCAGAGAGCUCCAUUCAGAUCCCUAGUGACUUCACCAUGAAAGAUAUAACCGUGUGGAUCUUUGUGGCCGUUCUUUCUGCUGUCAUCUGUUUGAUCAUGGUCUGGGCAGUGGCUUUGAAGGGCUAUAGCAUGGUGACCUGCAUCUUUCCACCGGUUCCUGGGCCAAAAAUCAAAGGAUUUGAUUCUCAUCUGCUUGAGAAGGGCAAGUCUGAGGAACUCCUGAGUGCCUUGGGGUGUCAAGACUUCCCACCCACUUCUGACUGUGAGGACUUGCUGGUGGAGUUUCUAGAAGUGGAUGACAGUGAGGACCAGCAGCUGAUGCCAGCCAACUCAAAAGAACAUUCAGGGCCAGGGAUGAAACCCACAUACUUGGAUCCUGACAAUGACUCUGGCCGGGGAAGCUGUGACAGCCCUUCCCUUUUGUCUGAAAAGUGUGAGGAGCCCCGGGCCAAUCCCCCUACUUUCCAUACCCCUGAGGUUAUUGAAAACCCAGAGACGCCCAAACCAAAUGAUCCCCACAUCUGGGAGCCACCGAGUAUAAGCCUGGUAGACAAAAUUCCUUACCUGAGCAUCAAUGAAUCCAAAUCUUCAACUUGGCCCUUACCACAGCCCAGUCAACACCACCCAAGGUCUCCUUACCACAACAUUGCUGAUGUGUGUAAGCUGGCCUUGGGCUCAGGAGGUGCACUGGCUACUUCACUGAACAAAACAGAGAAAGAUACUUUAACAUCCUCUAAAACCAUUGAGGCUGCAGAGGAGGAAAGGGGGGUCAAGCAGACAAAAGAAGAAAGCCCCCAUCCCAAGACUGAGCGAGACACUGGAUGGCUGCUGACCAAGGAGAAGCUCCCCUUUCUUGCUGCAAGACCCUUGGAUUAUGUGGAGAUUCACAAGAUCAACAAAGAUGGAGCCCUAUCAUUGCUACCAAAACAAAAAGAGAACGGUGACCAGACAGGGAAGCCUGGGGCCCCUGAAACCAGCAAGGAGUAUGCGAAAGUGUCCAGGGUCAUGGAUAACAACAUCCUGGUGUUGGUGCAAGACCCAAAAGCUCCAAACAAGGCUUUGUUUGAGGAGUCAACCAAGGAGGCUAUGCCAUCCCUUCCACAGAACCAAGCUGAGAAGGACCUGUCCAACUUCUCCAUAACACCCAGCGAUUGCAGACUCCAGCAGGGAGGGUUGGAUUACCUGGAUCCUGCAUGUUUUCUGCACUCCCUUCAUUGAUCACUUGACUCAUGGGAUGAUUGGUUCAAAUGUGAUUUCCCUUCAGGUAACACUACAGAGUCCAUGAAAUGCAGUCUACUAGUGAAUGCUCAAGAAUGUGGAUAGAGCAACACUUAACUCAAGCUCACGGUUUGCUCCUUUUCAUGCUCCAUUUUCAACCACUUACCUUCUUCUCCAACAGCUAAUUCCAGAACAAAUCAUUUGGUUUCCUAACUGUGAUUUGUAGAUUUCCCUUUUUGCUACUCGUUAUGCAAUUAUGUGUCCGAUGAAAUAAAAGCACAUGCUUUGUAUUCCUGAGGGACAGUGCCGAUAGGUAUCUCCUCUGUAAAAGGCUUUCAUGUCUUGGUUUGUGCCAGAAAGAAAUAAUAUGGUCAAAAUGGCUUACCACAGGAAGAGGACAGCUAUGUGGGAAAUGCCAUGAAAAGCACUUUUGAAAGCCAAUUGCUUAAUCUUUAUACUACACUGUUGUUUGCAUUAGGAUUAUCCAAUAUAAUGCAUUUCAGGAAAAGAAUGCAUUCCAAAAUACCUGACAAACCAUUUUCGUAUGAUCCUGUACCUUACUGACAUAGUGCCGAUAUGCAAGUAAAA